AUGCCUCUUCCAUCUGAACGAACAGCUGAGGAAAAAAUGUAUUUGAUUGUAGAGAAAGAUCUGGCUGCAAUAUGGGCUGGAGUAAAGCAGUCCGAGUCCUUGCAAGCCAUCGGUAAUAAAGCCGAGGAGGUCCACGCAGUGCAGGAGACAAGCUGUCAUAGACCAUCUGUGACAAACCUGGAAGCAGCCAGAAGAGUGGAGGGGUGGGCGCAUUUUGAGGAGUUUUCAGCAUACAGUCAAGGCAAAAUGCAAAUGGGUCCUGAGAGGAGGCUCUCUAAAGAGGCAGCUGUGAGCAAACAUGUAGAAUUUCAAGGGGUGGAGAUUUUAUGGCUGCAAAAAGCCGAGGAGCAGAGAAGAAAGAAGCACUCGCUGCUGGAGACCGUGUCCGUGGAGAAGAAGGCGUUCCCCAAAACAUCCAGCCACCCUGCACCACCGAUGGUCUCCCCAGGCUUGGUCUCCUCGCCAGACAGCGCUUGGAGCGAGGUCUGUGAGGACCCGAGGCUGGGACCUGCUGCCUCUGGAGCCACUCCUCUGGCGCUGCUCGAUGAAAGCGGGGAGGCUGAAGUUUUUGUGAAGGACAAGAAGAACAGUGGCGAGGAGGAGACGGUUGUGCUAGCGAGAGGCCCCAGCAGGAUGAUGGAGGAGGGGGAAGCAGCCAUAGGAGGAUAUGAAGAUAUCCUUGGGCAGAGGCACUCCGAUGUCUCCACUGAUCUGUACAGCUCACAGUUUGAAAACAUCCUAGACAAUGCAUCUUUAUACUACAGCGCGGAGUCGCUGGAGACAUUGUACUCGGAGCCUGAUAGCUACUUCAGCUUUGAGAUGCCACUCACUCCCAUGAUCCAGCAGCGCAUGAAGGAGGGAGGCCAGUUUUUAGAUCGGACGUCAGCCUCGGGGCAGCCAGAUGUCCUGCAGCUUCCCCCUGACGGGGAGGUGAAGGGCUGCGGUGAAGGCAUCGCCAAUGGCUUAAGGGAUGUAAGUGAAACACUCUUCAGAGGAGACGUCACGGAAGUCCCUCGUUUGGAAAG